CUUUUCUUUUCUUUUUUUUUUUUUAAUAUUCCUUUGAACAAAUUUUCUCUUUCUUUUUUCACAUUAUAUGCUUUAUCCAUCUUGUUAAACUAUGAGUCAUUGUCACGACGAACAUUGCGACCAUGAUCAUGAAGAUAUUCCUGGCUCUGGUGACCAAUUCUCCUUGUAUUCUCGUAUUGACCUAGAUAAUGUACGAUGUUUGAAUGAACUUGAACCUAAUAGUGGGAAACGCAUUAUCCGACCUUGGCACGACCGUUUAACAAAUACAGAGUACUUGGAAAGUGAUGCUGAUGAACAAUUACUUGUUUAUGUUCCAUUCACGGGAAGUAUCAAACUACGUACGAUUUGUCUUCAUACUGAUCGCGGUGAUCAAGCGCCAGCUACCAUGAAGGUGUUCAUCAACCGUGAUGAUAUGGAUUUUGACGCCGCAGAAUCUUAUAUACCAACGCAGACAUGGGAAUUAAUUCGACAACAUGAUGAUGUGGCAGAAUAUGGAACAAGAGUGGCCAAGUUUACCAAUGUACGGAAUCUAACAUUAUUCUUCCCUGAUAAUUUCGGUGGUGACACAACUGUGAUUCGAUAUCUAGGAUUCAAAGGAGAAUGGACUGAGAUGAAACGGGAUCCGAUCAUCACUGUAUAUGAAGCCAAUGCCAAUCCAGCUGAUCACAAGAUACCAGGCGCUGACGAUAAGAUGGAUCAUUCAAUUCAAUAAUGAAAUAAUUUGUGUAGUUAUUAUUAUUCUCAUCAUCAUCAUUAAUAUACAUCAUUUAUGAUCAUUUUACCCUCAUUUCUUUUUUUUUUUAUUUCCUGCAAUUAAAAAAUAAGAUCAAACCCUUAUUCAGUACUUCAUUUUACAUUGUGUCACGUUACAUCCCUUUGAUACUCAUUUAGAUCACAAUCGAGGUGAAAGAAUAAUACACUGGGCAAAGACAUUUUUUUUUUCUAUAUCUGACUGACAACAACAAUAAAAAAAAAAGGACUAUCAG